AUGGACGAUCCUAUGUUAACAAUGGAGGAAGCUAAUUUGUACGCGCCGUGCACAUGUGCAGGUCCAGACCCCGACCGUCGUGGCGACCGAGGAGGCGCCCGUGGUGGAGACCCCGGCGCCGGCCGUGGUGCCCGAGGAGGCUGCCCCGCCCCCGCCGAGGCUGAGCCGGCGGCCGUGCCCGAGGAGGCUGCCCCCGCCGAGGCCAAGGUGGAGGAGCCAGCUGCCCCGGCGGAGCCCGAGCCUGCCGCCGCUGAGCCUGAGGCCGAGCCUGCCGCCGCGGAGCCGGAGGCGGCACCUGUGGCCGUGGCGGAGGAAGAGGCGCCAAAGGAGGCGGAGCCGGCGGCCGCUGAGGAGGUGAAGGAGGAGGAGGCGGCGGCGCCCGCUGCCGAGACAGAGCCGGCAGCCGCCGAGACAGAGGCUGCUGCUGCCGAGGAGCCCGCCGCGGCCGAGCCGGCCGCCGAGGAGCCCGAGAAGGCCAGCGAGUGA